AUGCAUGUGUCUAACGUCGAGAAGAAGGACACUACGUAUAAGAUUGACAGUGUUCCUGGCGAGUCGCCCGUGGAUGAGUCGCCGAGCGAUCGAGCGCCCGAGAAGCUGUUUCCGAAUAAUCCAGAACCGACAUCUUCCAAAGAGGUGAUUCACGAUGCGCCCGAGGUAGUCGAGACGUGGCUAUCGCAAUCGCACCGUCCUCAUUCGCCUUUCUCCGAGGACGAGACGGUUGUGUCUGGAUUCCAGCCACUCGAGUUCGACGAGAAAGGGGCGCCUAUUGCGUCGCGGCGGGAGAGUGGAUUACCACAGGAGCAGCAGCCACGAACAUGCGGCUUACCUAGACGACACUUUGUCGCGGUCGUCAUCCUCAUUUGGGUGAUUUUGAUCGCGAUUGGCCUAGGAGUUGGCCUCGGGGUAGGUCUGAAGAAGAAGGAGGAUUCCGCACCCCCUAACUAUUUCGUGGAACCUUACUGUGUCGACAAUCCCGAUUAUUGCAUUGGCGGAACCUUAGGAUCGAACUACUACACGACCAAUGGGACCUUCAAUGGAUCCGGCAUCGCGCUCGCGACGGAAUUCUGGAACCACCAGGAGCGCAAAAUCAUGACGGUCUACUUCCAACAUUGGACGGGGGACAUACGGUCGAUACAGCUGACUCCCAAGGGCGAGUGGAUCGGCGGAGGCAAAUCCGAAGUCAUCGUGACGGACGCGAAGAACGCCACUCCCAUAUCCAUUGUCUCGUAUGCACUGAACGGUACCGCGCAAUGGCAUCUCUUCUACAUCGACAAGCACAACUUCGUCCGGCAGAAACAAAACACCAACAGCACCAACAUCUGGCAAGACGGCCCGCUGAGCGCCCUCAACCUGACGGCCUACAACGCCCCCAACGUCGGCCUCCAAGCCUGCUGGUACGGAAACUACUACGGCGACUCGGACGCCUCCAUCUUCCCGACCCACGACGGCAACAACAACAACACCAUCCCCUUCAACGCAGACACGCACGGCAUGCACCUGUGGUACCCGAGCGACGAGACCACGUUCCAGCAGUACGGCUGGUACGAGGGGCAGAACCAGUGGGUCAACCAGCACUCGUGGACGAAUAUGAAUGCGCACGCGGGCGUGGGAUGCUACUCGUGGGGCCCGGGGAGUACGACGUACGCGAUGAUGGUGAAUAAGGACGACACGGCCGAGAUUUGGUGGAAGGACACGGAUUCCAAUCGUACCUCGACGCCGGAGCAUCCAGUCAAUACGUGGGUCAAUGCAACGGGGUAUGCCAUCAAUGGCGUGCAUCCGUCCACCUCGCUGGGGUACACGGAGUACUGGUACGCGCAGAUGGCGGAUGGCACCGUCAUGGGGCAUGAUAUCAAGUGGGAAGCGGAGAAUACGACGGCAGUGCGGGAGAAUUUGUUCAGGGUGGGAGGAGCUCGGGGGCCGGUCGUGGGCAUCAAGGGCACGCACAUGAGCGUAACGGCUGUGGCGGAUUACAGUGGAGGAACGAGUUUGUACGUUUUCUAUCAGACGAGGGGGGAUGAUUUGAGUGUUUUUACUAGAGAUAUAAAAGGCGGGCAGUGGACGCAGGGGGAGUUGCCGAUUCCUGAUGAAUAG